AUGGGAUUCCGUCCAACCUCCGAAACCUUCCCACUCCUCCUCGUCAUAAACCCAAACGCUGGCAAAAAGUCCUCCAGCGAGCACCUCACUAAAACAAUCCAACCAGCUCUGGACCACGCAGGGGUCCCGUACCGGGUUAUCGAGACCACCUCCAAAGGGUUCGCGCAGGAAUACUUUAGGGAGAACAUCCGGCAGAUCUUUAUCGACUUUGUUCAGUCUCUCGCAGCAAGUUCGUCGGCGGUGUCAGCGCAGCAAGGGGACACGGAGGGAGUGACGGGAACAGGAGAAGGGACGACCACGACGGCGGCGGCGACGACGGCUGGACCUCCGGAGGUCGUGUUGAAGAUCAUGGUUAUAGGAGGGGACGGCACCGUGCACGAGGUGAUCAAUGGCGUCCUCCAAGGCAUCCAUGGAUCCUCGCCUUCCUCAGGCCCAUCCUUCGUGAACGACAAUUUCCGUCCAAAGGUCGAAUUAUCAAUCAUCCCAACAGGAACAGGAAACGCCAUCGCAACCAGUCAAGGCGUCAUGAACCCUCAAGAUGCGCUCGACCGCUUCCUCGCCGAGAAAUCCGUCCCCCUCCGCGUCGUCCAAGUCUCCCAGCGCAACAACAACACCUCUCACACCAACACCAACACCACCACCACCACCACCAACAGCAACGGUGAUAAUGACAGUAGCUCUACUCAGGGAGCCUGGAAACCAGUAGUGUACACGGCGGUCGUCAACAGUUUCGGGCUCCACUGCGCAACAGUCUUUGACGCCGAGGGGCUUCGCGGUCUAGGGAACGUUCGUUUCAAGGCCUCGGUUCUCAAGAACAUUGCCUUCCUAAAGCAAUAUCCCGCACGCGUGGAACUCUUUGGGCCCGUCCAAAAAUACGAUCGCUCCUCACACCAACUUAUCGCCAAUGCCACCACUACAACAACCUCUCCCCAACAGGACCAACAACAACAACAACAACAACAACAACAACCGUCAGUGACGCUCCCAGGACCAUUCACAUACCUAAUGCUCACAAAACAGUCCUCCCUCGAACCAGGAUUCGUUCCGACACCGUUCGCAAACACCUCCGACGAAUGGUUAGACAUCCUGGCAGUUCAAAACGUUGGGCGUGGACAAAUCUUGGAUAUCCUCGGCGACGCAUUGAAAGAUGGCCUACAUGUGAAGCAGCACGAAAACGUCGAGUACUACAAGGCAAAAGUAGUCGAGAUCGAGACACCGACUCAAGGUCGACUUUGCGUGGAUGGAGAGUUUUUGGAUAUCGCUGCCGGUCCCGAGGGCAGGGUACGGUUUGAGGUCGUCUCUGAUCCUAACAUCCAGCUCUUCCAUCUUUGCGUUUAG